GCUGAUUACGUUACAGGAAACUAGGCUGGGGUGAAGCGUCGAGACUCGUAGCUGCUGAUGCCAGUAGCUGUGCUGCGUUGGGUUAAGUGAAGGAAGGGAGGUGAGGAAGGAGUGACGAUGCUGGUGGUACGGCCGGCGACUUGGCGGGCUCUGAGAGUACUGGUAGCUUCCCAAGGGAGGCGGCUUUCAGGAGCUAUGCAGCAACAAGAUAAAGGCAAUGCUGAUGAAUCUUCACUUCGACCAUUGUACAUGGAUGUCCAAGCAACCACUCCUCUGGACCCCAGGGUUUUGGAUAGUAUGCUGCCUUAUCUUGUAAAUUUCUAUGGUAACCCACACUCAAGAACUCACGCUUAUGGUUGGGAGAGUGAAUCUGCCAUGGAAAAAGCUAGACAGCAAGUUGCAUCAUUAAUAGGAGCAGAUCCUAGAGAAAUUAUUUUUACCAGUGGGGCGACAGAAUCAAAUAAUAUAGCAAUUAAGGGUGUUGCAAGAUUCUAUAAAUCCAGGAAGAAACAUAUAAUUACAACACAAACAGAACACAAAUGUGUGCUGGAUUCAUGUCGUGCCCUUGAAGCUGAGGGCUUUCGAGUCACAUACUUGCCUGUAAAGAAAAACGGGAUUAUAGAUUUAAAGGAUCUAAAAAAUGCAAUACAACCAGAUACGGGCUUGGUUUCAGUAAUGACUGUGAAUAAUGAAAUAGGAGUGAAGCAGCCAGUUGGUGACAUUGGUCAGAUCUGCAGUUCCCAUAAAAUUUUCUUUCAUACGGACGCUGCACAGGCAGUUGGGAAAAUUCCUUUGGAUGUCAAUAAUCUGAAAAUUGAUUUAAUGAGUAUCAGCGGCCAUAAAAUCUAUGGUCCUAAAGGGGUUGGUGUAAUUUAUGUUCGGCGGCGACCAAGAGUAAGAGUAGAACCUGUGCAGAGUGGGGGAGGUCAGGAGCGUGGAUUACGUUCUGGGACUGUGCCAACUCCUUUAGCAGUUGGGCUUGGAGCAGCUUGUGAAUUGGCACAACAAGAGAUGGAGUAUGACCAUAAGCGAAUAAGCUUAUUAGCUGACAGAUUAGUUACAAAAAUAAUGUCAGAAAUUCCUGAUGUGGUAAUGAAUGGAGAUCCAGUGCAUCGUUAUCCAGGUUGCAUCAACUUAUCAUUUGCAUAUGUAGAAGGAGAAAGCCUGCUGAUGGCCCUUAAAGAUGUGGCUCUCUCUUCUGGAAGUGCUUGCACAUCUGCAUCAUUGGAACCAUCGUAUGUGUUACGAGCAAUUGGAACAGAUGAAGACUUGGCUCACUCCUCUAUAAGGUUUGGCAUUGGCCGUUUCACUACUGAAGAAGAAGUAGAUUACACAGUAAAAAAAUGUAUACACCAUGUUAAGAGAUUAAGGGAGAUGAGUCCACUGUGGGAAAUGGUACAGGAUGGAAUUGAUUUGAAGAGCAUUAAAUGGACACAACAUUAAGCAAGAAGAUCGUUUGUAAUCUUGGACUGCGUGGAUACGGAUUAAAAGAAUAUUUUCUUUACAUUCCUGAGUAAAACCAUGUGGUACUUGUUUUAAAAAUACUAAGUCUUUGGGUGAUCAGUUCUCCUUUCCUAAAGCCAGAGCCUAAAAAUUAAAUCUAAGACAAAGUUUUGUCAGUUAUACAAUUAUGCUUGUACAUCAGUAGAUAUACAUGGAGAUUAGUUUCCUGGAACCAAAGAACUUAUAAUACUUUUGAAGAUGAUAUUGGUGCAGCUUGGUGUGACAAAUCUUCAGCAGCUGUAUUAUCAUGGGGGGGAAAUGUUUGUUUCUCCUGUUCUCUCUAGGCUGCUGUGUUUCACCAACAUCUGUCCUGUAGCAAAAGCAUGUGUUCGUAUAGACUAUGUUCCAAAGUAAUCCUCUUAUAGAAGAUAGCCUUUCAUCUAACAGUCCAUGUCUUAUAUUUGAGCAUUGGUAUUCAUUUGCUUUGUAGCAAACACAACUAUGCUAAAACUAUUUAGCUCCCAAAUGCAAAUCACUUCCCUCUUCAUUUAUAAAAUUCAGCUCGUUUUAAUGAUUUCAUCUCUGCCUUUUUCUCUCCUGAUUUCCUCAAAUAAACCCAUGUUUUGUUAUCCCAAAGUAUUUUCUCCUGCUUUCCAGAAUUUAGAAGAUGAUAUGAUGUAUUGCCACCAAUUAUUUUACUGUGCCAUUGCCUUAUUGUCGUGAUAUGGAAGAGUUCAACAUAAUGUUUUUCCUGCAGGGUAACAUAUGUUAUUUUUGUGAAAGAUAAGAGGCUAUGGGCUUGAGAAUGUGAUUGUGUCUGUGUAGAAAUACAGUUACAGAAAUGCCCCAGUUACAUCAUAACUUAAAAUAAAAUCAGCAAUAGCCAUUGGUUUUCACUUCAGAGUGCCUGACAGUGCUGGAUUAAAUUAAACUGGAGAGGCUAAGCAUCUUUGGUACUCAACAGUGUAUGCCUUCAUUUGUAUGGAAUGUUUUUGGACCGGUAUUACUUUUUCUUGUACUGUAGUAGACAGAAAAAAAUAUUCCAGGGGAGGAGCUUUUUGUGUUUAUUUCUUGCCUUCUCAAAUAGAUGCAGGAAGGAAAUUUAACUGUUCUAUAAAAAGGUGUUUGCUUUGUGUGCGUACUGUUUCACAGAAAUGGCUGCUAACCUAGGCUGGAAUCCAAUACAUAUCUACUCAAAAGCUCCACUGGAUUCAGGUAAGCAUGUAUUGGAUUGCAGCCCUAGGCAGUAAAUCACCAGCAUGUUAUCAACAAAAAGUUAUUUGCAGAAGUAUUCUACUUGUCUUAACUAUGAGUCCUAAACAUACACCAAAACAUUUCCCUUGCAGAUGUAUCGGCUUCCUUGAGACAAUGCUUAUUGCAAAGCUCUGUUCAGGCAGAACUGUACUUCAUGUAGAAGAGUUCUUAAUUGGCAAAAUUAUUACAGAAGUUCUUCAAACAUUUGGUUUGUAAUGGUAGAUAGGACUGAUGGUACAAUGAUGGCAAUUUGUAUUACCAUGUCGCAAAGUUAGAUUUACAGGUUGUAGAAAUGGUUUUCAAAAAAUUGCAAUGUGUAUAUUUUGUGGGGAAGCCAUUAAAUAUUUUUUCCAGCUAAUUUGAUAAAAACAGCUUUGAAACACUUAUUUGCUACUUAUAUUGUAUGCUCAAGACUUUUUGGGACAUUUAUAUUCAUUGUUUCAGAGGAGAUCUGUGCAAUAUAAGUAUACACAAAGGGAGAGGGCAUGUUAUAGACACACAAAAAACAAUCAGUUAAAAAGAAAAUACUGAGUUAAAAUUGGCACAAAAAUGCUUUUCUGUCAUUAGCUUAGUGAUGUGGCCCUCUUCUA